AUGACGAACAACGACAGACGUGUCAGUAUCGGAGUCAGUGGGGCUGCACCUGUCCGUAUCUGGGUCAAUUCGGUUGCCAACAUUCCCGAGAUCGCUCGUCCCCGUCCUGCCACUCACGCCCACGAAGCAUUCAUGCGUCCCGACUUCGAAGCUAGCAUUGCCGGGGCUCCAACAGUAAAGACGACUUCCACCACAUCCCUGAAGACCAUCGGCCUGAUACCGACGUUGUACUAUAUAUCCGGCGGCGGUAUUCACCUACAACAUAGCAACUUAUCUUCAAAUGCUAUUGACAAGGAGACAGGUGGGAUCAGCGUGUCCACGGUCGAGGAGAUCAAGAUCCUGGGGCUAACGGUAGACUGCGGCCUUACGUUCAACGCUCACAUUGCAAAUGUGUGCAGGAAGGCGUUGGGCGUAUACAAGCAGCUGUCGAAAGCCGCCAGGGUAAAUUGGGGCCUACACCCCGAAAUAAUUAAGAUCAUAUACAAGGCGACAGUGGAGCGUAUCAUUGCCUACGCAGCCAGUGCAGUGGCCCCAGCCACCCAUAAGGUAAGAACCAAAAAAAAAGAGUUGAAUACAGUACAACGUCUCUUUGCACAAAAAAAAAUAUGUAAAGGUUAUAGGACGGUCUCCCUCAGCGCAGCCUUAGUAUUGGCCGGAAUGCUACCACUAGAUAUAAGAAUAAGAGAAAAUUCCGCCCUGUAUGAAGCGAGAAGAAAGGAAAAAUUCCGCCACUUACCGGAGGAUAGACAGGUGGAAAGGAAAGCUCCAUAUACGGCGAGGCCGCAUCCGUCAGAGGACCAUCAGAUACCGGUGGCACAUAUCACCAGUGAAGAGGAGGUUGCAGCACAGGUGGACGGUGCAGUUCAAAUAUAUACAGAUGGCAGCAAAAUUGAAGGCAAGGUAGGAGCCUCGAUAUCCAUAUGGAUUGAUAGAGCCGAAACCACGGCCAAAAAAAAAAAAAAAAUUAAACUGUCAUCCUACUGCACCGUCUACCAAGCUGAACUACUUACGUUAAGCAAGGCUGCAGAGGUGGCGGCCAGUGGUACCAGCAUAAAGUACGCUAUUAUGAGCGAUUCUCUAGCUAUUGAUACAAUAGUUAACAGUGAACUGCUGCAUCCGCUAGCAAUGGAGGCCAGACGAUAUCUGCGCCAAGCUAGGCUGGGGGGCAAGAGUGUCACACUGCAUUGGGUCAAAGCACAUAUAGGUAUCCAAGGCAACGAAAGAGCCGAUGCUCUUGCAAAGGAAGCCGCUCUUACGAGUAGAGGCCGAACCGAAGAGCACUAUGACAGAUACCCAGUGUCAUUCGUAAAGGGAAGUUCGCAAGGCGUACCGAUCUUCACCUGCCUUUAUUGA